AUGCCUCUAAUCGACGACCUCUUCUCCCUCCCCGUCCCACAAUCCAUCCAGAUAUCUCCCAAUAGUCAACAGAUCCUCUACUCCACAGCCCUCACCUGGAAUGCCAAGUUUCCAGGCGCCGAGCACGCCGUCUCGACCCUCUGGCUAGCGGAGACUGGCAAAGCCGAUUCAGCUCGUCAGCUCACAGCCGGGAACUCGAACGAUCGUGAUCCGAGAUGGAGCCCCGAGGGCGAUAGUAUAGCUUUCUUAUCUGACCGUGGUAGAACAGCGGAAAGAAAGGAGAGCUGCGCUAUAUACUCUCUACCUGCGUCUGGCCCUGGAGAGGCGACAGCGAUUACUGACGUGGCGAAUGAGCGUAAUAUUGAGAGUUUUAGGUUUUCGCCUAUGGGUGGGAAGAUAGCGUUCCUCUCCGCGGAUGAGAAGGACGAGAAUCGCAAGAAGAAAGACAAGGAGAAGGAUGAUGUGCAAGUCUGGGGCGAAGAACUCGCUUUCAAUCGUCUUCGGAUCGUGGAUCUUGGAACCAAAGCCGUUGAGGUGCUGGUGAGUCAGGAGCAGCAUAUUCUGGAAUUCGCGUGGAACGAUGACGGAAGUGCGAUUGUGUUCACGACGACCAAGUCCACCGAUAUCGAGAGUAACAGCCUCUACGGCACCGAUGUCUGGAUUCUGGACCUCGAGACGAAGAAGCAGAAACGGAUCUGUCAUAUAGCGAAGAUGGGCCGCGAUCUAGUAUGGGCAGGCAAGAGAAUCUACUGGGUGGGCCCAGUGGCGGAGGAAUGGCUGACUUCUGCCUUUGGUGUCCAUGAAGUGGAAGUUCCUGCGGACAUGUCUGAAGCCGCGAACGAGGGGACGACCAACAAGUCCCACCACAUCGCCUACGCUAAAACAAACUGCGCUCUCAACCUCUCCAAGACAGCGACAGGAAACGAAGUCCUAGUCUACGUCCAAAACGGCAUGGCAGACGAGAUCCGCCUGCUCAACGGCGAUAAGACAUUGUUUAGCAAGAAGCGGAAGAUUCUAGCCUGGGACGCGACCUUCACGACCGACAGCGACGAAGUCGUCCUCGCCCUCGCGCAGGGCGACUCCAACAACCCGACCGAAGUCUACACCACCACAGCCUCAGGCGGCAGCAUGGUCCAGCUCUCGCACCUCGGCCAAACGGUAAAACAAGCCGGCCGCAACUUCGGCACCACAACCUUCCUAACCUGCCAAUCGCUCGACGGAAAAGUCCAGCUGGAAUGCCCCCUCGUCCUCCCCUUCUCAGCCGCUCCGAACAACACCAAGCCCGCCAAACCCCUCCCCACCGUCGUCCUCAUCCACGGCGGCCCUUACUACCGCCACACCGAAUCCUUCGAAGGCCUGUACUUCAUGUGGGCCCCCCUGCUCCUGUCCGCCGGCUACUCCAUCCUCCUAGCCGACUACCGCGGCAGCAGCGGCCGCGGCGAGGAAUGGGCUUCUCACGCUCGAGGGAAUUCGGGGGUGAAAGAGGACUAUGAAGACAUUAUCGGCUUGACGAACGCGGCUGUGGAACAGGGGUAUGCGGAUCCCGAGCGUUUGGCCGUCGGCGGGUGGAGCCAAGGUGGCUUCUUCAGCUAUUUGUGCUCUGUGCGCAAUGGGUUACAUGGCUUGGGAUGGAGAUUCCAGGCCGCGAUCCCAGGGGCCGGGAUGACCGAUCUGGAUACCAUGGCUCUUACCUCGGACGUCGGCUUCUGGGAACAGGAACUCGUGGCUUCGGGCGCUGCCUGGCUUUCUCCCCCCUCCGACGUCCGAAAUCGUCGGGGUUCAGCGCUGUGGGAGUUUCGUGAGAAUGUGAGGAGUGGGAAGGUGGUGUUGCCGGCUAUGAUGAUUUUGCAUGGGGAGGGGGAUGUUAGGGUGCCGGUUGAGCAGGGGAGGGGGAUGAGGCGGGCGUUGGAGCAGUUUUGUGCGGAAGAGGGGAAGAAGGAGGAGGGGAGGGAGGGGCCGGUGGAGUGGAGGUAUGUGGUUUAUCCGCGGGAAGGGCAUUUUAUUGUUGAGACGGGGCAUUUGGUGGAUAUGGGAAGGAGGGUCGUGGGGUGGGUGGAGAGGUUUUUGGGCAAGGCUUAG